AUGGUUUUUUGCAUCAUAGAGCGAGCUCAGGCACUGGCCUGGGUGCUAGUUCUGGUGAUGGUGGAGGCAGAGGUACAGGAGAACUACUCACCUGCGUGCCGUGAGUUCAUGUACAUGGGCACACCACCACUGGGACUUGAGGACAAAGGGCUAAAGAAGAUUUGCCAGAGCUACAAUGGCAAGCCACGUUUUGUCACCCUGUAUGAUACCUUUGACCACAUCCCCGUCUACUCUGCCUACACCUUCAAGCGCUCUGACGGCGCCAAAAAGGUUGAUGUGCCGUGGAUGUACGAGCCACAGGUAUUUUGACAGACUCCUGUAUCUUACAUUAUCUCUGCAACAUUGCCUUGUGCUUGUGCCUACAGAUGAAUCAUUUUUAGUGUCAUUGGCUACAAUAACAGCUCUAUGGCCUCUGUGCAAAUAGAAUGAAUAGUGAGCAAUAUACUGUUGUGUUUAGAAAGAGUCCUUGAGGGUUCACUGACUGAGAUUACUUUAGUACCACUGUUGUUCUUUCUCUUACUAAAGCUAAAGGUGACCGCAUACAUAGGUUCGGUUUGCUCCUAGCAGAACUUGGCUAGGCGAAGCAAACAUCUGUGCUCUCAUACUCCCUAAAGACCAUUGCUGAAAAAUUGAGAAAAAAAAGCGUCAGUAUUACUGCGCAAACUGUUUCUACUGGGAAGCAUAUGGUAAACGCUUACCAUAAAGCUUACCGUAUGCUUCCCAGUAGAAACAGUUUGCUCCUAUAUUAUGACAACAUUUUGUGACAUUUUGCUCUUCAGCAGGGUUUUCUUUGGCUGUUCGUGCACACACAUUAUUUUCUUGAGACAGGUCAAAGUUCGGUAGCUGAAGUCUAUGCCCCUUCGUCGGUGCUCAACAGUACUACUCCUAGUAGGAGUGGGAACUAUGAAUGCGAUUUUUCAAUGAAGGGUUUGCUGUCAUUCAACGGGAGACGAUUCGUUUUAAUGCAAUUUUUUUCACUGCACCAAACAUCUUAGUUAGAUGUAAAAUUGCACAACUAAGACCUCCUUGGCAAAAACGUCAAAAUUAAUUACAGAUUUCUUGAUUUAUCUUAGAUUAAUUCACACUAUUUUGAGGAAGUGUUACUGGCAAUGUUGUUGCUAUGGCGUAUAUAGAGGGACAAACAGUAAUAUUGCCUAUUUCUUCUUGUUUUUCAAGCGAACGUCUUUUAAGUAAGUAUGCAAGGACAGACAUUUGCUUUCGCCUAGCCGAGUUCUGCUAGGAGCACUAGGAACCUAGUCUGCGGGCGCCUUAACCUUCUGCUCUCUGUCAGCUCUCCACAGUGUCUGAUUUUGGGGAGAUGCAGCCCUUUCCUCAAGGCGACCUCCAUCGCAGUUUUGAGGAUGCCCAAGCGGUGCUGGAAGACUACUCCAACGCAGUGAACUUUGAGCGUGGCCACCUGAACCCUGACGAGCAUCAGUCUGACCCCAACGACAAGGCAGCCACCUACACCCUGACCAACGUGGUCCCUCAGGUCCGGGAGUUCAACAUCGGCCCCUGGAAGACCCACGAGCACACCAUCCGCCGCCGCCUCAACAACUACUGCCGCGGCACCGCCUACAUGGUCACUGGUGUAACCACCUCCGGGAACAUGAUCCGCCGCCACAACAUCGACCGGGUGGCUGUUCCCACCUACCUAUGGUCAGCCUACUGCUGCAUCGACUACGACCGCAACGCGCCCUUUGAGGAGCGUACCAAGUUCCCAGCCUAUGCAGCCCACGGUCUCAAUCAGAAAGAGAGGCCUGAGGUGCUGGAGAUGUCUGUGCAACAGCUGGAGAACUUCCUCAAGAGUGUCACCUUUGUGGACAAGACCUUUCAGAUAUUCUAUGAUAACUGUGUGCCCCCUGAUAAUGGCCUGCACAUGCCUUGA